AUGUCUUUUUCUAUCACCAACCAACGCAACGACGGCAGUUUCGAAGCCAACGAUGGAGAGAGUAUUCUCGAUGCAGCACUGCGAGACAACCGGAUAUAUCCCUACGGCUGUCGUAGCGGUGCAUGCGGCGCCUGCAAGUGUACUCUGGUAAGUGGAGAAGUCGACUAUGGUAACUAUGAAGAAUUUGCGCUCACUGACGAAGACAAGGCUGCGGGCAAACUGCUGAUUUGUCAGGCGACACCGCUCAGCGAUGUUGUUAUUGACGUAGAUGAAGUUAAAGCUGGUGCGAAUAUUCGAAUCAAGAUGCUACCCUGUCGCAUUGGCAAGCUGGAACGAUUGGCGGAAGAUGUUAUCCGCCUGUAUUUGAAGUUGCCGAAAUCCCAGGAGUUCAACUACAUUGCCGGUCAGUACAUCGACAUCAUUAUGAAAGAUGGCCAGCGUCGCAGCUUCUCAAUCGCCAACCAGCCAGCUGCAGCAGCAGAAGAUGGACUUGAAUUACAUGUACGUCAUGUCCCCGAGGGACACUUUACACCACGGGUUUUCGACUCCAUGAAAGAACGUGAUUUACUGCGUAUGGAAGGCCCGUUUGGCACCUAUUUUCUGCAAACUGAGGUGGAGCGCCCUAUCGUGAUGGUCGCCGGUGGAACCGGGUUUUCACCGUGGCAGGAGAAAUAUCCUAACCUGCGCUACACCCCAGUGCUAUCGGAUUCCAGCAGUGAUAGCUGGUUGGGAGCGACGGGAUGGGUGCAUCAGGAAGUCGACGCGCAGUAUGAUGAGCUAUCCGAGCAUGAUGUAUACGCCAGCGGUCCCCCGCCAGGCAACCACAUCAUCACGCCACUGGCGACGGAUGCUUUGGGUUGUGGUUUGUCUGGUCGCUGUAUCUGGUUGUGCUACAUCACCGGAUAG